AUGUCAUCUGAACGUAACGAGACAAUUGAGACUGAACCCCAGAUAAAGGCAUAUAUCGAUAAUGCUUACCAGAAAACUAUAUUAACGAUCGUGGAUAAACAACUUGAACAAAUAAACUGGGCCAAUACAGAAGAACAACCCGGAAUCCAUCUACACACAGACGAGAACCAAGUUAAUAUAACAUCACCAGCAACGAUGAGCCCCGCAACAAACGCAAGAGACAAUCUACACCAAGAAUCAGUCAAAUAA